AUGACGAUGGCUAUCAGUAACAAAAGCCUCAAAGUUUUGCCGAAGGUGAAGCCUUACUUCUACAUGGUUUUGCAGCAGUUUCUUCUUGCCGUCAUGUAUGUGCUCGCGGAGGCAACCCUCAAGAAUGGGAUGAGCCAAUUUGUGCUCGUUGUAUAUCGUAACAUUGUUGGUGCUCUCUUCAUCGCGCCAUUUGCGUUCUGUAAACGGAGACCCAGAAUUACAGUGGCUAUCUUCCUCAAGAUAGUGGCAUUAGCUAUAUUGGAUCCGGUGCUUCAGCAAAAUUCAUUUUACGUGGGAGCGAAGAUGACCUCAGCAAGCUUUGCCUCUGCGCUGGAAAAUAUAAUUCCUGCCAUUACUUAUCUAAUGGUCCUUGCUCUAAGAAUGGAGAAGCUGGAAAUCAAGCGAAGAUUUUGCCAAGCAAAGGUUAUUGGAACAAUCGCUAACGUGGCAGGAGCAGUUCUGAUGAUCGUUUACCAAGGCCCCAACUUGCCAUUUCCAUGGAAUUUCAAUCGAGGAGGUGAUCAGAAUAACAUCACAGAAGCCGAAGGCAGCUCUAAUUGGUUACAGGGCACUUUCUUCAUUAUAGCAAGCAACACCUCCUGGUCCCUCUUCUUAAUACUACUAUCAAAUACGCUAGAAUCGUUCCCUGCAGAACUUUCCCUCACAGUUUUGAUUUGCUCCAUGGGAGCGGUGAUGAGCGCAGUGGUUGCGUUGGUGGUGCAGCUUGGAGAUUUAAGGCCAUGGGUUGUAGGCUGGGACAGUAGGCUCUUUGUCUCAGUAUAUGCGCUCUGA